AUGGUACUGACUCAUAUGCUACUAGUGUUUGAGAAUGUGGCAAAACGGGAAUUGAGCACUCCUGAUGUUGACCUUCUACACUUUCGGUGUACUCCAGGUGAAGCAUACACCUUUUCAUGUCAACAAUGGAAAUGUUGCACAAUUAUUGAAAAUGAUAAAGUAUCUCAAGAAUACAUGAUAUCGCAUCCAAUGGUAUUGGAGUCCAAGGACGACAAGGGUGUGGAGGGAAGCAAAGCCCCUGAGGAGGACAAGGAAAAUAAAGCCUCCAGCACUCUGGAAGAGGAAGAAGACUCCAAUGAUGAUGACUCCAAUGAUGAUGAUGAUGAUGAUGAAGACUCGGAUGAAGGCGAUGAUGACAACGACGAUGACGAUGAAGUAAAGGCCAAGGACAAGCACUCUUCCAAUAAAUCCUUGUCCAAAGAAGAUGAGGAUGAUGAACUCAAUGAAGAAGAAGGUAGCUGCCCAUUAACUAAAGUGACAACGGUUGUGUCCAAAACAGUUGAUCAAUACAAGGAGGAAUGGACCGAUAAGACCAUGAUUUUAUACGCUCUAUUUCAAAACGUACUGAAAAAAACAAGAAGACCUACCAGCAAGACUGCCGUUAUACCUUGA